AUGUCUUACAUCAAAAACAUUCAGAGCUUAGCCGAGUAUCAAGAACUUAUUGCUUCACCAAAACUAACUGUGGUGGAUUUUUAUGCAACUUGGUGUCAACCAUGCCAUAUGAUCGCGCCUACUUUUAAUGAAUUAAGCUCAAAGUAUAGACAUGCUAACUUUGCGAAGGUUGAUGUUGAUCAAUUAAACGAUGUCUCUACUACAGCUCAAGUCAGAUCAAUGCCGACAUUCAAGUUUUUUAAGAACGGUCAACAAAUUGCGCAAUUGGUAGGUGCCAAUGGUGAAGAACUCAAAAGGCUCGUUGCGCAGCAUGUGGGGUCACCUGAAGAAUGUGGUUCGAGUUCACUGAAUAUUCAGGGUCAUACGGAUAUAAAUGAAUUUAUCACACUCAAUCAAGUUGAUUGUCUUAACCUAAAAGAAAAUCACGUAGCUAAAAGUAUUUUCACUAAAGACGACACAUAUAUUGAAUCGGAUGUCGAUGAACAGCUCUUGAUAUCUGUUCCAUUUAAUCAAGCUGUUAGACUUCACUCAAUAAAGCUUGUCGCAAAGGAUAUUGAACACGCUCCAAAGACGAUCAAACUUUAUGCUAACAGAAUCAAUAUCGGUUUCGAUGAAACAGAUUCUACUGAGGAGACACAAUUACUCCAAUUGGCUCUGAAAGAUUACGAAGAAAAUGUUGUCAUUCCAUUAAGAUUUGUUAAAUUUCAAAGUGUGACGAAUAUUAUUGUAAGUUUUGGCAUUGUAACCUAUAACUUUGGAGAUCAAGAAACAACUUCUCUUAAAGAAUUGAUAUUUAUCGGAUCACCAGUCGAAACGACCAAGAUGGAAAACUUAAAAAAAAUCGGUAGCGAUUAA